AUUAAAAUGAGUCUAUCAAGGAACCUUGAAGAUUCUGGAACAACAAAUAUUAAGGGAACUAGAAGCCAUUCGGCUCAAGGUCUCCCAAGCACUAAUAGCCCAGCUAUGAAAAUACCAUUUCCUCCCCGUUUAUGGAUAACAGAUGUAGAAGAUGAAUCUUCAGAUGAUAUGAGUGGGAGUGUUAGGGAGGAAGGUGUUUUAAGUGCUGAGCGUCCUCGUGUCAGGUCCAGAUUUCGUCAUCAUAAACAGAGAUCUCUUAGUGUACCUAUUGGUAUAUUUUGGGAUAUAGAAAACUGUCAGGUUCCACGAGGGUGUUCAGCGAUAGAUGUUGUGGCAGCUAUUAGAAAUAAAUUCUUGCCCGGUAGACGGGAAGCAGACUUUGUGGUGGUAUGUGAUGUGAGGAAAGAAGCUCCAAGUAGGUUACAAGAACUUAAUGAUGCCCAGGUGAGCCUAAUCCAUGUGUGUGGCACACAAAAAAAUGCAGCUGACGAGAAGUUAAGACAGUGUAUGCGAAGGUUUGGAGAGCUGCAUUCAGCACCAGCAGCACUAUUACUCAUAUCUGGGGACAUAAAUUUUGCUGCAGAUUUGAGUGACUUCAGACAUAGGAAAAAUAUGGAAGUUAUAUUGGUGCAUAAACAGAAUACAUCGUCUGCCUUAAUUACAUGUGCCUCUUCUCAUUAUUGUUACAAUGAUCUGACUGCACUUCUACCACGGAAUCCAAAGAUUAGUCAAACAGAAGAAGACGAAGAGCCGCCCACCUGUGAGAUGGAAGUUACUAAUUUACCUGUAGACCAUCCUCCUGAAAGAGUGUCUCGAAGACUAAGGAGGUUGGCAGAUAAUUGUGGUGGAAAAGUAUUGAGGGUCACUGCGAAUACUGCUGUCCUGAGGUUUCCAACGCCAGACCAUGCUUCCAGAGCACUAAAGCGCAUGGAUGGUGAAGAUGUAUUUGGUCGGAAAAUAACUACCCGUUACGCACGAAGUGUGUUCCAGUCUGCGUAUUCCAGUGAUGAGGGAUACGGUACUGCUCCCCCUACCCAGCCACCGCACAGAGCUGCAUUCAUGCCUCCAAUUAAUCAGCAAUGUUAUUCACCACGUGAGAAGCUUCCAAGCGUAAAUUCCGUGGCCAACGAUUGGGCAUUGGCCUUACAACAACUGCCUGCGCCGACACCUCCGCCUCUCGACUUCUGCCCACCGCCUGCCCCCAAGCCCCGCAAAAUCAGAGGCACCCAUGGUUCAACUAAUUUAGACCGCUCAGGUUGCUCAUCCAGUAAUAGCUGUGAUGAGAGUCGUCGUGACAACAGCCAGAGCCGAGCGAUGUCGCCGUGGAACUCGUCUGCGAGUUUCAGUGAGCAGAGUGAGGGUGAUAGUGACAAUGCUGAGCUCACCGUCUCCAACCUGCCCCCAUUCGACCCUACUGUUUUACAGGAAAUGUUGACAAUUCUCUUCGACCAAUAUGUGCCUGUUGUCCGGGUGUCGAUCUGGGCGGCCGGGGAAGGUCCACUGGCGACAGUGGUACUCCGGUCAGAGUGGGAUGCUCGAUUGGCAAUCGCCCGCAUCCAUAAGCGACGUCUCGACAACCAAUGGACAGGUCGUAGGCUCGAACUGUCCUUAGGAAGGCCAUCUCCUGCACCAAAUCUAGAUGUAUUGCGUGCUAGGUUGCGCGCCAUUUUACUAGAUCAAAAGAAUUAUACUCUACCUCUAUUACGUUUACGUGAUGCUUAUGCAAGCCGACACUGCUGCGCUCUAACAACCUCUGAUAUAGCAAAGGUGAAAGACACGGUCAUAAUACAUGAAGGUUUUGGGAGAAUGGUUCAGUUAAUAGAUCUAAAUCCAGUGUCUAGCUCGGAGAUGGAAGCAGCGCCCUGGAAGUGUCACAUUCACACAUCGAUGAACACUGGACAUGAGGAUGGAAGUCGUAUAUUGCAACCUGUGUACAUAGAGGUUGCCGCCUUAGCAAAGAAUGUGCAAUUGUUGUUAGAAAACCAUGGAGGCGUUUUACCACUUCUAACUUUCGUGGAGUGUUACGAGGCGACGUUUAUGCCACUAAUGGUGGACGUACAGCGCGGUGUGGCUCUGGAACUGCUUCUUCGCAGUGUUCCCGGCGUGGAGGUCAAAGACAGCCCCUCGCGGCAUCUCACAUGGCGCACCGAUGGGACUGACACGCCCCCUUCACACAGCGAGAGUUCCCGGUCUAGCGAACGAGAGCGCGGCCGGACAGCACCUGCUUUAGAACCAAUACUCGCGUUGUUCGAGCGUGAACUCAUCGAUCUACUGCGAACUGCACCGAGGUGCACCAUUGCCUUUAGCAAACUAAUCCCAGCAUUCCAUCACCACUUCGGUCGUCAAUGCCGAGUGGCUGAUUAUGGAUUCACAAAACUCCCAGAUUUACUCGCGGCUCUAAGCAAUACAAUUGUUGUACUCGGUUCGGGUUCGUCUCGAGUUAUAACAAUCUCGGCAGCGGCUCAGAGCCGUCGAUGGACAUCCGAUCUGGUGAAGCUGUUGAAAGCUCAACCUGGCCGCGUUAUACUGCCCAUGGAGAUCCCAGAGCUAUAUCAGUCGACAUUUGGACGGCUAUUUUCGCCGGUUGACUAUGGCCUGUGUACGCUGAAGGAGUUGAUGCAACGCGUUGCACCGCAAGCAGUUAUUGUUGAUAUUGACGGCACGCUCUCGUUGCCACGCCGGACUCCAACGCCUGAAGAACGCGCGCGAACUGUACAAUUUGCUGUGGAAGCCGUCGAACUCCUCUGCUAUACACCUAAUCUACGUAUGGAAUUCUCGCGGUUUGUACCCGCUUACCAUGCUCACUUCGGGCGGCAACUACGCGUCGCCCACUACGGAUGCGUGAAGCUUGUGGAGCUACUGGAACUGAUACCGGAAGCGGUGGUCAUAUGUGUGGAGCCGAAUGGCGACCGUACUGUAAGGCUGGGUGCUCGCGCUGCGCGAGCGGCGAUGGCUCAACGACUCCGCGCCAUCACACCGAUUCCUCUUAGUGAACUUUCUACCCAGUAUGCCGCCCAGUUUGGAGCUCUACCAUUGCUCGAUAUGCUAGAUGUUACGUCACUGGAAUUGCUCGUCUACGCCGCUGGUGGAUGCUUGCAGAAUGGCAUAGUAGUCGGUCCGGGAGCGGCACCAUCUUGGGCAACAGCUAUGCUCGCUGCUUGCGCCGUCCUCAGCGCUGAUCGUAGCGUGGCACGAGGCUCCACCGACGAGUACUUUGCUUCCGCAUUCCGUCGCAUGCGCAUCCCGGAGCCAGACGUCCGGCACUUGGCUGCAGCGGGCGUCGUGGAAACCUCCGACCGCCGCAUUCGCCUCACGCCGACCUGGAGGACGGUAUGGCGGCUCGCACAACUGUUGGCCGAUUGCAACUCACCGACUACUGUCAACGACAUUCUAGCGCAGUAUAUGCACCGUUAUGAAUCAGUUUUCCCCUGUGCAGAUUUAGGUGUAUGGAGCUUAGAAGAAUUUCUACGACAAUACCAGGAAGUGUUCACGGAGACUAGCGGAAUGGGGCGUUGGUCGCUGUGCGAGGGCGUGACAGUCUCCCGCUACAGAGAUCUGGGGUCAGCGCCAACCCACGAGGAUUACACACUGCACGAUACGCCCCCCGGACAGAAGGGAUCGCGUGUGUUCGAGUCUCCGAAAGUAAACAUUUGGUGCUCUCCGCCGGCUAGUGCAUUGCCAGCCCCGACUGCUUUACUCACUCAGGAAAAACGUCGCACGCGUCUGGCAGCUCACUUCGACGUGUCCUAAUUACCAUUCCUAAUAGUAUUGAAAUCGCAUUCCUUCCUUUCCAAAACCUCUUGUGUGUGAAGAUUGCAUGAGUUGAAAUUGUGGCGAUAGUGAACCAAAGCUGUCACGGUUCGUACCCAGGGUCGCAACGAAUUUUAUGAACUAGAUUAAUACAAGUGUCCUAAUUAAUGUGAUGUCUAUAACAAUAAUGUUUUAGAUGGCGUAUAUUUUCGUGUGUUUAUUUAGAUUAAGAACAAAAUUCAUUCGGAAAAUGUUACAACAAAGAUUGCGCUUGUCUAACGUUCAGAAUGCUGGACAUUCACUUAU